GAGGAUCAGCAUAUAAACACUACACUUUUCCCUUUCUCUGGUCCUCCCCCCAAUCUUCCUCAUAUAUACUCUUUGCUCACAUCCAAUUGCGCAGAGAACACUCCAGCAAGAACCACGGAUUGGCAACUUUCGCAAAUCUCGAAGAUCCAGCACAAUGUUAGACUGCAUCGUUGUGUCCUUGUAAGUUGAGGUUGCCCUGUUCAGCUCAACUCGCCUGCCUGCCAAACUUGUGGCUGCCGCAAUACUACGGCAUGCUCGUGUGACCGUCUCAAACUCUUCGAAGACAGAAGUGCUGACCCAAGCCGUGUCGCUCGCCAAGGCCCACCAACGCCGAGUCUCCCGUCGAGGAGCCAUGCGUUCGGGCCCCAUCAGAUCCGCUUCCCGCCCGCAUUGAGCGCCCCUCGAGCUUGUCCCACGCCGACGACUCGAUCCGCGAGGACCAAUCCCUCGUCCGGCACCCGAAAUCGAACGCGUCCAGAGCCCAGCCCUUGCCGACAAUCCCGCGUCUCCCCAAAAGCCUGAGUGUCCGAGCAUCCCCGCGCGAGCCGUACCAACGCCUCCACGAGCGGUUCACGGGCUUCUGCAUCCGCCCGGCGCGGCCCUCCGACUUCCGCAGGAUGGCCCGCAUGGCCACGGCCGUGUUCCGCGACGAGCAGGACGCGGCGCACUUCAGCAAGUUCGGCCGCCGGCACCUGCCGCCCGCGGCCGAGGGCAAGAGCCUGCGCGACUUGCUGCGCGGGCCGGAGGAGCAGUGGCGGCUCGCCGACCUCCGCAGGAGCCGCCGGCUGCCGGGGCGGCACUUGAUCGUCGCCACCUACCUCAGGCAGCCGGUUGAUUACCUGACAAAGUGUUACGGCGCGCAGGCCAAGGAGGUGAUUCUGGGGUGGGCCGAGUGGCAGGAGCCGGCCUGCGCCAGGGGGCCGCCUCGUUGCAGCGAAGUCGUCCUCGGCGACGAGUCUAGCGACGACAGACGGCAGCAGCAGCAGCCGCUGCUGGGGCCGCCCUUCGCUGACCUGGAAGCCGUGGUCGGCGGCAUGGCGUUUGCGUUCGGGCGCCACACCGUUGUCGUCCCGCCCAACAGCGGGGUCGUGUACCUGCCCGUCGUCCUCGAGUCGUUCCGCCGCGCGCUCCUGGACGACACGGAGGAGUGGAAGCGCUGGUGCAAGUUCUUCAUCCCGGCCUGCUUCGGUCGGGAUGGCGACGCACAUGGUGGGCAUCUCGGUAAGUAG